AUGAGUGACCCUCGGAUCCCCAAGCUCUAUCACCGCAGCACUCCUCACUGGAUGCAAGAACAGCGCGACUCCUUCUGGUCGCUGAAUGAGGGCAAAGUAGCCCCAUUCAAUACGCGGCCAGACAAGCUGGAAGCGCGUGCCGAAGAGUCUCUGUCCAUCAAUGGACGAUUGUAUGCUCAGAGCAAUGCUGGCAACAGCUGGACUCACCUGGCCAACCGGCAGGCCUUUUUCCGGCACCGACUAAUUCCGCAUCAGCUCGUCGAUGUCAACGAGCGAGACACUACCACGACAUUGUUUGGCCACAAGGUCUCUGCCCCAAUUGGAUUUGCCCCCAUCGGCAUCAACAAGAUCUACCAUCCCAAGGGCGAGCUCCCCGUUGCAAAAGUCGCGGGCCAACUUCGCUUGCCCUAUGCCCUCAGCACGGCCGGAUCGAGCACGAUCGAAGAUGUUGCUGCCUCCAACGACGCCGGUCGCCAAAUGCCCGACGCAGUCCACGUCGAAGGCGCAGACAACGAUUCCCCCGUCCGAUUUUUCCAACUCUAUCUGCCCCAUGACGACGAGCUGGCUGUCUCCCUGCUGAAGAGAGCAGUCGACAAUGGCUAUACGGCAUGUAUCCUCACGACCGACACCUGGCAACUGGGCUGGCGCCAUGACGAUGUCGCAACCUCCAAUUACGCCUUCUACCGCGGCAUCGGGGCGGACCUAGGACUCGCAGACCCGGUAUUCCAGAAACGCAUGGAAGAGGCCGGGAUCGACCCGAAGAAGCAACCCGAGGAGGCUGGUGCAAUGUGGAUCGACAAUGUCUGGCACGGACGCGCCUUCAGCUGGGAGAAGAUCCCUUGGUUGAUCAAGACGUGGAAGGAGUUGAGUGGCGGAAAGCCGUUUUGUAUCAAAGGCAUCCAAUCCGUCGCCGAUGCCCAACACUGCGUGGACUUGGGUGUGGACGGUAUCGUUGUUUCCAACCAUGCGGGCCGCCAAGUGGACGGGGCAAUUGCCAGCCUUGACGCGCUCGAGAACAUCAUCAACGCUGGCAUCGGCGAGAAACUGACCGUCAUGUUUGACUCGGGCGUGAGAGGCGCCUCGGAUGUCAUCAAGGCAUUGUGUCUGGGCGCGAAAUUCGUCUGGGUAGGUCGCAUGUGGAUCUAUGGGCUGAGCAUUAUGGGCGAAGAAGGGGUCCGCCACGUCAUGAAAUCUCUCCUCGCUGAAUUCGACAUCUCCAUGCUCACGGCCGGAAUCCGCAAUGUCGGGGAGAUGCAGAAGGACCGUCUCGAAAGCUACCCCAAGGGAUAUACAUUGAUUGCAGAUAAAGCCAAGCUUUAG